AUGGCUUGCUCGAAGUCAUAUCUGUCCCUUUGUCUUGGGCUUUUUGUCAUCUUUCUCUUUUCUCAAGUUUUUGCUCAUAAAUUGCCUGAGGCUACGGUUACUCGUCCCGAGAAGAAUAAUGCAUUGGAUGGGCAUAUAGGAGGUUUCGUGAGGGCCGUACGGUUCCGAGGGAGCAGUGAAAAGACAUAUUCUGAAACUGACAGGGUUUUCUACCUAACUCCUGGUGGAACCAAACAUGGAGCUGCAACUGGAACUGUAAAGAGGCAUUAUAGUACUCAAUUUGGUUCUCGUCCCUCAAAGUUGGAUGAUAUUUCAACUCAACCAGGUUUUCAUCCCUCAAUGUUGGCAGAUAAUAGUACUGCACCAGCAGGUUCUCCUCCCUUUGAAAAUAAUAGUACUGCACCAGCAGUUUCUCCUCCCUUUGAAAAUAAUAGUACUCAACCAGCAGUUUCUCCUUCUCCCUUAGAAAAUAACAGUACUCAACCAGCAGUUUCUCCUCCUCCCUUAGAAAAUAACAGUACUCAACCAGCAAUUUCUCCUCCUCCGUUUGAAAAUAAUAGAACUCAACCAGCAGUUUCUCCUCUUCCUUCAAAAUUCGACAAUAAUAGCACUCAAACAAGUUCUCCUCUUCCCUCAAAGUUCGACAAUAAUAGUACUCGACCAACUUCUCCUCCCUCAAUGUUCCAAGAUAAUAGGAUGAAGAAUGGUGCUAAAACUUCUCCGGGGACCUGA